AUGUCCACCAUGACGUACUUCCUCAAUUAUUGUGCCACCCAUCCCGACGCCACCAUCACAUAUGACGCCAGCGACAUGAUCCUACGCAUCCACAGUGACGCAUCCUACUUGACUGAAGCCAAAGCCCGCAGCCGUGUCGGCGGCCACUUCUACAUGGGAUCAGCCCAACAAUCCAGUACCAAACUCAAUGGCCCCAUUCUUGGCCUGGCCAAGAUUAUCAAAGCCGUUGUAUCCUCUGCCACUGAGGCCAAAGUUGGCGCACUUUUCUACAACUGCAAAGAAGCCAUCUCCAUCCGCACCUUACUCACCAAAAUGGACCACCCACAACCAGCUACCCCAGUCCAAGUAGACAACUCUACCGCAGUCGCCAUCGCCAACAACAGGUGCCGCCAAGUCCGCUCCAAAGCCAUUGACAUGCGGUACUAUUGGGUACAAGACCGAGUCAAACAAGGACAAUUCAAUAUCUUUUGGGCCCCAGGCCCGACCAACCUUGGCGACUACUAUACCAAACAUCACCCCAUUCACCAUCACCAAACCCACCGACCCAUCAUAUUGCACUCCAAACGCUAG